AUGGCUGACGCCGCUCCCCGUGGACGUGGAGGAUUUGGCUCGCGCGGUGACCGUGGUGGUGACCGUGGCCGUGGCCGUGGUCGCCGUGGUCGUCGCGGAGGCGCGAAGGAGGAGAAGGAAUGGCAGCCCGUCACCAAGCUCGGCCGUCUCGUCAAGGCCGGCAAGAUCACCAGCAUGGAGCAGAUCUACCUGCACUCUCUGCCCGUCAAGGAGUACCAGAUUGUGGACUUCUUCCUCCCCAAGCUGAAGGAUGAGGUUAUGAAGAUCAAGCCCGUCCAGAAGCAGACCCGUGCCGGUCAGCGUACCCGUUUCAAGGCUGUCGUUGUCAUCGGUGACUCCGAGGGUCACAUCGGUCUCGGUAUCAAGACCUCCAAGGAAGUCGCUACCGCCAUCCGUGCCGCCAUCACCAUCGCCAAGCUGGCUGUCCUCCCCGUCCGUAGAGGUUACUGGGGUACCAACCUUGGUGAGCCUCACUCUCUGCCCGUCAAGCAGAGCGCCAAGUGUGGUUCCGUCUCCGUCCGUCUUAUCCCCGCUCCCCGUGGUACCGGCCUGGUUGCCUCCCCCGCCGUCAAGCGUCUACUCCAGCUUGCUGGUGUCCAGGACGCCUACACCUCGUCGUCCGGUUCGACCAAGACCCUUGAGAACACCCUCAAGGCCACCUUCGUUGCCGUCGUCAACACCUACGGCUUCCUUACUCCCAACCUGUGGAAGGAGACCAAGCUCAUCCGCAGCCCUCUGGAGGAGUUCGGUGACGUUCUGCGUCAGGGCAAGAAGUACUAA